AAUGGAUCAAUCACUAUUAAAUCUAAUAGUAAACUUGGUAGAUAUUGAACAAACCAUUAUAAAUUAUCAAAACUUAAAAAAACUAAUAGCCAAACUAUUAUUCCAAUGCUUGAUAUCCAUAAAAAAAUUAAAAUAUAUUUUAACUUUCCAUAAUGAUGAACAAUUCCUUUGAUUACAUAAUAAUCACUUAUUUUUAAUACUAAACUUAUGCUUGUUGUUAUUCCAACAAUAAUCCAUAAAUUAAGAUUUGAUAAAUACUGUAUAAGCAAUCCUGAUAUAUCCAAACAAAUCAAUUAUCGAAAAUAUAUUGUUAA